AUGCCAGCCAAUUCGGCAGCUGAUGUUGUGAAACAGCAACAACUUGCCAAUCAGACGUUAAUAAAGAAUCAACUUCAAGCCAAGUGCGAGGCACAGGCGCUCGCAAUCAAGAAACUGGCGGCUAAGUCUGAGGAAACCUUGAAGAAAAAUGAGCAGCUAUAUAGACUACAAACUAAGCUUGAAGAGCGCGACAAACUUAAGGAUGCUUUGAUAAGUGAAAAGGAUAAGCGCAUUUUCGACUUGGAUACGAAACUAGAAGCCAGCGUUGAGGCACAAAAGGAAACUUUGAAGAAAAGUGAGCAGCUUCAGGCGAAAGUCAAUGAACUACAAACUAAACUUGACGUACAGCUGGAAGAAGCUUCGAAGAAUAACAAUGAACUAAAGACUACUUUAUUAAGUGACUUGAAAGAGCAAAUAAAUAAUAUAGAAAAGAAUAAAGAAUUCAAAGAUAAGCUCAUUGAAUAUGUAGAUCGAGCUGAAGCGACUAGCUGUGUGCCCUAUGGCAAUGAUAUUCAAGUGAUAAUUCUACCUGGCACAGGAGCCUUCCAGGUGCCCUGUGAUUCAAAGUUCGCUGGCGAGGGCUGGGCUGUCAUUCAACGCAGAAUCGAUGGCUCUGUGAACUUCAAUCGAACAUGGGAGGAGUAUAAGAAUGGAUUUGGUGACCUACGCGGUGAACUCUGGCUCGGCUUAGAGCGGCUGCAUCUGAUGACAAAGCUUCAGCCACACGAGCUCUUCAUACAGCUUGAGGAUUUCCGGAAUGAAACACGCUAUGCGCGCUAUACAAAUUUCUCUAUUGGCAAUGAGACGCAAUCUUAUGAAUUAUUAAGCUUGGGCGACUAUGAUGGCAAUGCUAGGGACGCCUUAAAGCGCCAUAAGAAUAGGAAAUUCUCAACCCCAGAGCGGGAUAAUGAUAAAUCGCAUGAAAUGAAUUGUGCGGCAAAUUAUGCGAGUGAGUCCGGGGAAUCAAACGAGGAUUGCACGACAUAUUGCUAUAAAGUCGUGAAGCCUUUAUUGGAAUAUUUUCGUAGAUCCGCUGAAAAGAAUGAUCAAUACGAAAAGCUACAGACAAAGCUGCAGCAAAGGGAAACCACAAUAAAGAGUCUUGAAAGUAAAGCUAACGCAAAUAAGGAAGCUUUAAGCAAUUGGAGUGAGGACAAGUUAAAGGCAGAAAAGGAAACCUUGAAGCUUCCAGCUAAAAUCACUGAGCUGCAAACUAAGCUUGCGGAAGCUCUGAAGAAAGGCGACCAACUCAAGGAUUCAUUAACGAAUGAAAGGGAUAAACGCAUUGCUGAAAUUGAAGAGCAAUUGAGUUGCAAGGAACAUGAAAAUAAACUACUCAAAGAUGAGCUGACUAGACAAAAAGAUCGAGCUGAAGCGACUAGUUGUUUACCCUUUGGUAGCUCUAGUGACAUUGAAACGAUACGUCUACCUGGUGUAGAUCCCUUCCUAGUGCCCUGUGAUUCAAAGUUCGCUGGCAACGGAUGGACUGUCAUUCAGCGCAGAGUGGAUGACUCUGUGAGCUUUGAUCGAAACUGGGAGGAGUACAAAAAUGGAUUCGGUGACCUGCGUGGUAACUUUUGGCUCGGGCUAGAGAAACUUCAUCUGAUGACGAAGCUUCGGCCACACGAGCUCUACAUACAGCUGGAGGAUUUCAACAACGAAACACGCUAUGCACGCUAUACCAAUUUCACAAUUGGGAAUGAAGAGUCCAGGGAAUCAAACGAGGAGUGCGGAACGUUUUGCUAUAAAGUCGUGAAGCAUUUAUUCCAAUAUCUUCGUAUAUCGGCUGAAAAGAAUGAUCAAUACGAAAAGCAACAGGGAAAGCUGGAGCAACAGCAAGCCACUAUAAAGCGGCUUGAGGCAGAAAAGGAAAUUUUGAAGCUUCAAGCGACAAUUCAUGAACAGCAGCUCGUUAUCAAUAAGUUUGAAUACAAGGAAUUACUCACCAAUUACACCAAGCAACGGGAGCAAACUACCAACGUUGAGGCCCAAAAGGAGUCUUUGAUGAAAAGCGAGCAACUUCAAACUAAAAUCACUGAGCUACAAACUAGACAUGAAGCACAGCAAGAAGCUUUGAGGAAAAGCAACGAGCUAAUAAGUGAAAAGGAUAAGCGCAUUGUAGACUUGGAUAAGGAACUAGAAGCUCGCGACGAGGCACAAAAGGAAACUUUGAAGGAAACUCAACAACUUCAAGCGAAAGUCAAUGAACUACAAACUAAGAUUGAAGAAAGCGACAAACUCAAGGAUUCUUUAAUGAGUGAAAAGGAUAAACGCAUUGCUCAAAUCGAAGAGCAAAUGAAUUGCAUGGAACAUGAAAAUAAACUACUCAAAGAUGAGCUGACUAAACAAAAAGAUCGAGCUGAAGCGACUAGUUGUUUACCCUUUGGUAAUUCAAAUGGUAUUCAAACGAUACGUGUGCCUGGUUCGGAUGCCUUCCAGGUGCCAUGCGAUUCAAAGUUCGCUGGCGAGGGAUGGACUGUCAUCCAACGCAGGGUGGAUGGAUCCGUGAACUUCAAUCGAACAUGGGAUGGAUAUAAAAAUGGCUUUGGGGACUUGCGCAGCGAAUUCUGGUCGGGCUAG